AAAUGAGAGACUAGGGAGCUUUCUGGUCAACAUUGGAGUCAGCUCAGAAGGAAUCUCUCAGCUUAUCCGAAAGCACGCACCCCGUGAUGUCACUCUUUCCUUUUGGCAACAAGCCUCAAGGCGUUCCUGGGGAAGCUUCCGCAGCCUCAUCAAUCUCGUUCCAAGCACCCUAUGGCGAACAAAUUCCAGUCAGACACAGGGUUUCGAUGAUAACAGGGCUGUCAGGUGCGCCGUGUUCACAAGGUAGAAAAUCGUAUGCAUCUGAGUGGCUUUGAGCAAGAUAGAGGUCGGUGGAGAUAUCAGCUGCUCUUGGCAGGGCGUGGCGGCCAUCAGGGUCCCUACCCGAGCACUCUUGCCAAGUGACCAGCUCCCGACUUCCGACUUCCAUCUCCUGAGUCCCGACCGGAGUCCAUGACGCUGACUGCAAAUCAUCAACUUCAUUCGAUGCUUCCGUGUGAAGUUGUGCAACCCGCCAAGAAGGCACCACAUUGCAGCUGCUAUCCAGAAACCCAGAACACGAAAACGCCAUGGUUCCAUGCAAGCUCCCAUCGGUUGUUCUGCAUUCAUUGGUACUGCUCACAUCACAACCGUUGGCCACAGGGAUCUAACGAGCCAUCUACUCGCUCAAACGUGCUCAGUGUGGGCCCACCCCAUCUCCCCCCAUCUCGGUCAAGCCAGGGUGAGUCCAUGAUGUUCACCAGUUAUCAUCAUAUUUGCUGCAGCAUACACCUAUCACAACAUGCUCAUUCUCCAUCCAUAACAGAUAGUGCUUCAGGAGUUGAUGGUUUCUUUGACCCAAAAAAAGAACACUUCACGUCUCACGAAAGCGCCACUCUCUUGUGUUUAAAACAAGGUAUUAAUGUGGUGCUUGUCCGCCGCUGAUUGCCCACCCCAACAGCCUCUUUCUUUCCUGGUACACUUUCUCGAGAGGCGUUCUUCCCUCUCAACCUUAUUUGGACCUGCCCUGGGCACCCCGCCCUCGAAAGAAUUACCACAAAACCUUAUCCAGCUCAACUUUUGACCACCAAUUCAUCUGUUGAUCAAUUUUCACUCAGUUUUGCUACAGCUUCAAUCUUGCUACGGCCUCACUUCAGACACAAACAACAGUUAAUAUUCCGCAUCCACACACCCAAAAUGGACCACUCCAACCACGACAUGACACCCACCUCAACCAUCACCAGUGUGAUCGCCAAGAUAACCUCGACCGCUGCUGCUGCGGCAGCCGGCGGCGGCCAUGGCCACGGCGGCGGCACCGGUUGCAAAAUUAGCAUGCUCUGGAACUGGAACACGAUCGACUCCUGCUUCAUCUCCUCGUCGUGGAAAAUCACCUCAAACCAAAUGUUUGGUGGGUCAUGCGUCGGCGUUUUGUUGCUCGCCAUCACGAUGGAAGCCUUGAGGAGGUUGACGAAGGAGUAUGACCGGUACCUGGUCAAGAAACAUCGUGAGGCAUUGGCUGGGCAACACAACGUCGACGUUACGCAGGGGUACAGGCCGAAGAUCUGGGAGCAAGCGGUCAGGGCAGCCUUGCACAUGGUACAGUUUGCGGUGGGAUACUUUAUCAUGCUGUUGGCGAUGUACUACAAUGGGUACAUCAUUAUAUGCAUUUUUCUUGGGGCAUAUCUCGGGUCCUUCAUGUUUCACUGGGAGCCACUCGCGUGGGACAAACAACUGCCACGAAGGACCCCACACUUUGUUGCCAUUGACCAAGCAUGGCGAGGUGUUGACUGGUUCAUUUUUGAUACAUUAGACAUGGAUACGAAGUAG